AUGGCUGGAGACGAUCCAAUUAAGAUUGUGAAUUAUACCUUUGCUGGUCUUUCAAUGAUGCUCAACAUUAGGCUUGUUUACAGUGCUUCACCAUACGCAUUGUUGAGGUUUAAGUUGCCAGAGAACCUAUUCAGUGUCUUUGUUAGGGUUAUGGCAAGUUCACUAGAACUCUGGUGUUUACCGAGUAUGGUCAUAGGUAAUAUUAUGGACGUUGUCGACAAAUACAUUCAUGAACCACACGAACAGAGACAAUAUGACGAUGCUCCUAAGUAUGAUGUCGGCGGCGAUAGACUUAGACUUAAAGCAGAAGAACUUGAGAAAGUCGCCAAGGCACUUCAAACAAAGGCUACCAUUGCUGGUGGUAAUCUUGUUAACGUUGGUACUAAAGCCCAAGCACUAGCCUCUGCAGCAGGAAAUCUAGCCAACAAUUCUGGUAACGCGGACAGUGUAAUAGACAACUACAACACUUUGGAAGGUGAAUACAACAAACUUAGUCCUGCUAAUAAGGCUGAACAGGACAAGGUCUCCAAGGAAUUUAAUGCUGUCAAAGAGAUAUACGACCGUAUGCUCAAUGUUAAGAAGGCCAAACUACUUCAGGCACAAGUUGGUGAACAAGUAGGUGUUGGUGUUAAUCAGAAGAUUUGGCAUCACGCCAACGAACUGUAUAAGAAAGCCAACGGACUAGCCAGUGCAGAUAAACUUAAACCUGAACUCAUAAAACUUGCCGAAGCACUCAAGAAUGCUAUAGGAGAAAGUACCGAUGUUGAUGGUCUCCAAAAGGCCCUCAAAGAACUCAAAGACGCUGGUACUGAUCCCAAGGAGUUAAUUACCAAGGCCAAAGAGGUGAUACAGAAGUAUAACGUAGUCAAAGACGCCUAUGGUAAGGUCUCAGAGAAAAAAACUGAAUAUACUGGUGCUGGUGCUAAUUCUCAAUAUGGACCAGUUGAAUCUCAAUUCCAAGCACUUGAAGGUGCCUACAACAAGGGAAAGUGUAAGGCUAUCAGUCUUAUUUAUGACAAAGAACACAUUAGAUAUCAAUCCAUAUUUUGGUCUUGGUGUAACUUUUUUACAUUUGUUAUUCUAUUUAUUGUAUUUAUUCCUGGCGACCAGGGUCACGUCACUGUUUUUUAUUGGGUAAUUGCAGCAUCUGGAUUUGUGUUUGGAAUUAACAUGGUUAUGGUGUAUGCUAUGGAAUAUGAGUAUUUUCCAUGGUAUAUUGCUGGUGAAAAUUCAUUCCCAAUUAUCACAUCAUUCAUGCACUAUGUUAGUACACUAAUGUUUGGUAAUCGUAGGAAGUGGAAUUCUGACUACAUUGUAGUACUUGUUGAUAUGGUGAUAUCAUUAGCAAUAUCGUUGACAGCCGCCUCUCUAUGGACAUAUUGCUAUAUUAAGCCUUCAACACAUGAAUAUUUUGGACCAAGUUCUAUUAAUGGUGCUAUAGUUUCACCAAUUUUAAUGGUCCUUGUUGGUAUGGGUCUUGUUUAUGCUAUAUAUCCAGCAAUAGCACCUGGUAUGAUUGUGCCAUUCUAUCUCAUUGACAAGAUAGAGAUGGUACUCCUUAUUCUGACCACAUUUCCACCUCUCAUAUUUGCUACCCUGAGAAAGUUGUAUGGGUUUCAGGAUCCUAAACAGCCAAUGUGUGGAUGGUCAAACCCUACGGUAUUUUGGAAGCCAGAUGCAGAUGGCCGAUUCUGGCAUACUUUUGACAUAUUAAUGCCACUUCAAAUAUCUCUGGCUUUUAUAUUUAUAUACUCACUCCAUUACAGAGACUCCCAUAUAUCCCGCGCUAUCAUUAAUCAACCUAAAAUGUCUACGUUCCUAAGCAUUGUGUUUUACAUGUGUCAUGAGGUUAUGUUGGCGUUAGGGUUCCCAGGUAUGAUAGGUAAUAACGGGGGUGAUAUGGUUAUGCUUCCAAUUCAAUUGAUUGGUGCAUUCCUUAUGGUACUCCUAGCAUUUUAUUCCAUAGGUUAUAUAACAGAAUACAAGAGGCACGACCCUUCUCAGUGGCCCACCGAGGCCAUGACCAAAUGGAACGCCCUAUGUUACUGGCUAAAGAUGGCGAGCAAAAUUACCAAUAAAAAUUUCAAACAAUUGUUUACAACUGAUUAA